ACAACAAAUGCUAAUUUGCAAAUGCAUUCAUACACGUUUUUGUGUUUGUAUAAACUAUGCACACACCACUGUGCCGUUUUUAAAAUACAGUUGAGAAUUGAGUUAAUGUAAAAUUUUAGUGUUUCUUUAGCUGUAGGUAAAAAAACCUGAACAUUAAAGUAAGGAAAUAAUGACAAACUACUGGUAGUAAGAAAUAACAACAGAUGAGUCGCAAAAAAAACAAUUUUACUGCUGAUCACUUGGUAAAUCUUUUUCGCUUGGUGUUGUAUGCUACCGCAACCAUUGAGGCGAGUCCAGAAGAAUGGCUACAGCUUGGCGAAGUUUUGGAAAGGAACAACAUGACCUUGUAUCAAUUGGAGAAUAGGCUCAAACCGAGUUGUGAAACUACCAUACUGAGAUGUAAAUGGAAAGGACGUUACGAGAGAUGUAGUAAUAUUUUUGAAAUAAUUAAAACUUCACAGGGUAAUUGUUGUUCGUUCAAUAAGCUGGUUUUGAAAAGCAAUGCAAAUAAAAGAACCGAUUUCAUAACAAACGAAAAUGUCGAAUACACCACCAGUUGUGGCCCCCAAACCGGAUUGACCGUUCUUCUAAAUCCUGAAUUGGAGGAUUAUCAUUUGGCAGCUCGCAAAACUCCCGGCAUGAAAGUUUUCAUUCAAGAUGCAUAUGAUUUUACCCCAAAAUAUGCCUUACACAGUGUCAUCACUCCGAAAAGUGUUAAUUACCUGAGUAUAACACCUCAACAGACACGUGCUAGCGACUACAUAGCUUCACUGAAGUUGCAUGUACGGCGGUGUUAUUUGCCGCAAGAACGAAAACUCUUCCACUUCCCCACAUAUUCGCAACCCAACUGUUUGGCUGAAUGCCGUUCUGCAAGGAUGUAUGAAAAAUGUCACUGCACUCUAAACUAUUGGCCUAAAAAGAUGAAUUGGACCAUUUGUGGCUGGCAUGAUAGGGAAUGUGUUUCGAAACAUAAAGAUGUUUAUUCCUCAAUUUUGAAAUCUUACAAUGCCGAUUAUCGCCAAAACUAUUAUGCGGAGAGUUUCAUUUGUGAUUGUUAUCCUUUGUGCGAUUUUAAUAUGUAUGCCAUAAGUGAGGAUUCGGGUAAACUUAAUCGGCAAUAUGCACUAACAGAUCAAAGAUUUUUCAAAGACAUCAACAUCACCAACCACAUGGUGUUGCAUGUCUACUAUGGCACUCUCUAUGCCGAGCGUUUACGUCUCGAUGUCUAUGAGAAUUGGUUAACUUUUAUUGGCAAUUUCGGAGGCAUUACGGGCCUACACAUGGGCUACAGUUUUGUGUCCGGUUUCGAAAUGAUAUUUUUUGUAUUUGUGCGACCCGCUUGCAAUUGGUUGACUAAAAAACAGAUACGCUAUCGCAUACAAAGACGACAAAAGAAAGCCAAGUUGGAGGCGGACAAGAAGCGAAAAAUGGAAGAGGAAAAGGAGAAACAAGAGCGUAUAGAGGCAUUUCUAAAGAUGCGACCACAUUGUCCUCAAUAUUAGUUUCAAAAUAUAA